AAGGAUUUCCUGAAAUACACGUCGGUUUCCUGUCUUUGUUCUGCUCUACAUCCUUGUCUUUUUGUCAUAGGACAUAUGCCGCUGUUCUCGAUCUACGCGCCCGACUACACCGACGAGGAGGCCGUCCAGCGCCGGCUGGCGGUGCGCCAGACGCACCUGGACACGGCGGCGAAGAACCCGUCUAUGAAGGUCGGAGGUGCCAUGUUGUCUCCGAAUGACGCCCUCGACAAGCCGGACGUGGAGAAGAAGAUGAUUGGAUCUUUCAUGAUCCUCGAGUGCGAUACCUACGAGGACGCGAAGAAGAUGAUCGAGGAAGACGUAUACUGGACAGGGAACGUCUGGGACAAGGAGAAGACGGUCAUCCGGCCGUUCGUCUCGCCCAAGCUGCUUUCUUGAAGGCGCCACAAGGUGCAGCCAUCACCAAACAUGAAGAGGAAGUAGUCGAAGUAUACCAUCAUGUACCAUUAUCUGUGAUAUACGGGAUGCCUCCCUGGGUACGCUAUCAAGGAUAUAGUACCG